CAAAUCUUGUCAGGCAGCUAGAAAAAGGUAUUAGAAGAAAGACGAGAAUUUACUGCUCUGUCGACGGACAGUUGCAUCGGGAAGUAGAAAAAAGUAAUUUCGCUCAUUUAAGUGUGUUUAAUGUAAUAUUAACAAUGCUAUUAAUUUAGAUUGAACCCUGCCAACAGUGAAUCGAGUGAAGUAAGAGCGGAAUCGUUGGAUUUUACGUUAUUUUUUAGUUUUUUUUUCUUGUUACUUGUGUGCCUGGCUGGCUUUAAGUGGAAAUCAGAGGAGGAUUCAGUCUCGUCACUCGGUGGUCUCUUUCUAACCAGUGUGGUGGAUUAUAACCGCAUUAGCAGUGUGUGUGCGGUGUUUCCGCUUCUGAAAAAGUGUGAGUGCUGUUCAUAUAUGUCAGACUGCAAUCCAAAAAUUCGCUCCUCGUUGAAGACUUCCGCGAGAAAGUUUUUUUUAAUACAUUUUUAGUGAGUGAUGUGCAAAUUUUGACAAAAGUAACUAAAGGCAGAUAAGUUUCUACGGUAGUGUCGUGCAAUACACCCAGAAUAACCGUCUUAAUUUGACGGUUUAAAAUGACAACCAUCGAACGGUGCCGCUAUGUCAGGAAACCAGAAAAUUGAAUAAUUGCAGAUUAAGGAGUGAUGGCUGAAGGGCCCUAGUAGAAGAAAAAAGGUUCGACUAGAAAAUCGAACAUUUUCCGCCGACUAUUUGUUGUUAGAUUGACUGUCUUCGUUACGCCCACAUUACCCGAAAAAAAGUGUGCAAAAGAUAGUGCCGUUGGUGGAAAACUUUUACUGGCAGACGAUUCUUUUAUGUUCUUCAUUUUCAAGCCUAACUAUGAUUCCAGUGUUGCCGGCGUUCACUUAAAGAUGUUUCGAAAAAUUUGAGUUAAAGUUUUAUUGUUGUAGAUAUAUCUUGAAUCAAGAUUCUACUCGAUGAACGUUAUAUGAUUAUUAAAGCCCUAAUUUCCAACGUUUUAAAGUUCAACCAAAACAAUACAUGCAUAGAGUUCUGUUACGGAAAUCUAAAGCUUCGCACGGUAUCAGACUUUCAAAUUUUUCACUUUUGUCGCGCUAAAUGGUGGACAUGUCAUGAGAAUUAACAGAAUCGAAGAUAGAAUGGAUGAAAACAGUUCGCUGAACCACCAGAAUGGUGCUGGUGGCCAGCUGAGCGGAAUCGGCGGCGCCGGAGCCGGUGGUAUUCAAAGCGGUGGCGUUGGCCUUGGAGGAAUGAUUAACAAUUCGACUGGCGGCAUGAACAACAACAACAAACCUGUCGGUCUCGGGGGAACCGGAAGUGGUGGUAGCGGGCAGGACGACCAAAACAAUAAGGCAGCGCCUACCCAGUACUCAAUUCCUGGUAUUCUGCACUUCAUUCAACACGAAUGGGCCCGGUUCGAGCUAGAACGGUCUCAGUGGGAUGUCGAUCGUGCCGAAUUACAGGCAAAAAUAGCAGUACUUUUAGGCGAACGAAAAGGUCAGGAAUCUCUCAAAUCUGACCUUAUUAGGCGUAUAAAAAUGUUGGAAUAUGCACUGAAGCAAGAAAGAGCGAAAUUCCAUCGGUUAAAAUACGGUGUCGAUCCACCCAUGAACGAUAUUAAACCUCCUUCGGAUGAGCCAGGUAUCGGCACUGAAGUCGCACCAGAUCCCGAAGUACCGUACAGUUCUGUGUCCAACAUAACAUGGAGGCAAGGCAGACAAUUACUGCGCCAAUAUCUACAAGAGAUUGGAUACACCGAAACAAUUCUUGAUAUUCGUUCGACCCGAGUCCGUUCGUUACUAGGGCUGAACAACAACAGCGAACAAGAGGAGAAUGUGAAUCCGAAUAUCAACGGUGGAAGCGAAAACAACAAGCGUGCUAGUGAGUCACAAGGCCGCCGAACCCCGGCGAAAAAAUCCCAACCAUCUUCAAUGACUGAAGCAAUGAUCAUGGACUCAGAAGCAGCGGUCAUAGCAAAUUUUGAAUUCCUGGCCCAAGCCGAUGCUGAGAUGUCCGAUGAUGAUGAUCUAUCGGAUGAACUUGGUGGCGAGAAUGAAGAAACGGACAUGAAAACGACAAAGCGAAAAGCCAAAGGUGUUACUAUGAAUGACGAUGAUGUCGAUGCAGAAGCGGAUGAAGUAAUCAAUGAAUUGAAUCUGUUAACAGAAGGUGAGGACAACAAUUUGACUGAAUGCAGAAAAAUUGACGGAGGGGAUUUAUUUGUUGGCUAUAAUAAACCCACCAUACCUCGUCAUCCCACGAUACCAGGUAUCACUAACGACGAGGAAGUGGAUUCGUCCCUUGGACUAGGAGAAUUGGCACAGCUGACUGUCAACAAUGAAGCCGAAUCGACAUACGAGGUCUCAAAUACGAAGGAGCCGUAUCGCAAAACCUGGAAUGCUAAGUACACACUCCGGUCGCACUUUGACGGAGUUCGUGCUUUGGCUUUCCAUCCACAAGAACCAGUUCUGAUAACUGCCUCUGAAGACCACACACUCAAGUUGUGGAAUUUACAGAAAACCGUGCCAGCCAAAAAAUCAGCUAGUCUCGAUGUGGAACCUCUUUACACGUUUCGCUCGCAUAACGGCCCGGUCUUAUGCUUAGCAAUGUCAGCGACCGGGGAACAGUGCUACUCAGGCGGUUUAGAUGGCGCCAUCAAUUGUUGGAAUUUACCAAAUUCCAAUAUCGACCCGUAUGACAGCUAUGACCCUGAAGUCAUGAAAUGUACGCUGGACGGACACACAAAUGCCGUAUGGGGUUUGGCGGUAAAUCACACAAAGAACAGCCUUGUAUCAUGUUCCGCUGAUGGUACUGUUAAGUUAUGGUCACCUUCUGGUAAGAUUCCACAAUUGAAUACGACGUUCACCUCCGAAACUGAAGGCACCCCAACGUCGGUUGACUUCGUACGAGAUCAAACAGAUAGAAUCGUGGUCGCCUAUAGCAGUACUCAUUGUAUUAUCUACGAUACAGAAACCGGGCGGCAAGUAGUUAAACUGGAAGCAAGUCAAGAAAUGACAGGAAAUGUAGGGAAACACAUCAACAAAGUGGUAAGCCAUCCUACGCUACCGAUUACAAUUACGGCCCACGAAGAUCGCCACAUCCGUUUCUGGGACAACACAACCGGUUCUCUGAUACAUUCAAUGGUGGCUCACCUGGAUGCUGUCACCAGUCUAGCUAUCGACGCUCAUGGGUUGUAUUUGCUGUCUGGCUCGCAUGACUGCUCGAUCCGAUUGUGGCAUAUGGACAACAAGACGUGCGUACAGGAAAUCACAGCACACCGCAAAAAGUUCGACGAAAGCAUAUUAGAUGUCGCAUUUCAUCCAUCAAAACCGUAUAUCGCUAGUGCCGGUGCUGAUGCAAUAGCUAAAGUGUUCGUUUAAUGUGUACUAUACCCUAUUGUCCACAAUGGCAAAAUCAAGUAAAUAAAACAAGCAAACAAACUCUUUAUACCUACUAUAAUGUAAAGCAAGAAAGCAGAAACGCGAACAAGGCAAAAAUGCAGGCCAACGAAGGCAUUGUACGAGAAGGAGACAAAAUAAUAGAAGAAGGUAGUUGUUUUUAAUUAUCACGAACAUUCUAGUUACAAAAUAUAACAAAUAACAAAUUAAAGAAUGAUAAGCAGAUAAUAACUGAGUAAGAAAAAAUAUGCAUGAUAAUUUUUACAUAAACGCAAAAAAAAACACAUAAAUACACAAAAUAACAACACAUAGACAAACUCAAACAACCAAGUAGUUGAAUGGUAACAAAAUCUGAGCAAUUGAACGAUUGAAAGUGAAAUGAUGACUUUUAAUCAAAUGGCCACACGCAAAACAGCCAUCUCACAACUAUUCGCAGAAGUUGCCAACGAGCGAGCUAGCAAAAAUUAAACCGAAAGGUUAUUUCCAGUAAACGAAUUCUUUAUACAGAUAAUUUAUGAAUAAUGCAAUAGCACACGAGGUAACAAACAAAUAUAUCGGAAUACAAUCAAUUGCAAAAUCUGCACAUUUUACGUACUUUGUUUUCGAUUGCUGAAAAAACACAAAUGGUUUCACCUCAGUUUUCUUUGUCCUCGUAUCUCUUUUUCUUCUUUUGUCAAGGAAGCCUCGUUCCGUCUGUCGUUAAAUUGUUUCUGGUGACCGGCUAAUGGUCUGACGUAUAUUCCCAACGUAAAUAGUGUGCGUUUUAUGUUACUAUAACAAAACAGGACAAAACACGUUACUAAGCAGAAAUGUUAAAUCAUGAAAAAGAAACAGCAAGAAUAGAAGGCACCCACACACAUUCAUGGAUUUCAACGUGAGUUUUAGAUCUUAGUGUAGAAAGUGAUAAGAAAUGAUAUAAUAUGAGAAUAAAACAUGAAAAAACUAUGUGUAACAAAUGUAGACUCUUACACAGAGAGAAAUAGUGGUUAGGAUUUGAGAUAUAAAUGAUGCAAAAAAAAACAACCAGUAGUCACCGCAAUUUCGAGUACGUCAACUUCUGCAGAGGAGGUAAAUUCUCGGCAAAGCACGACAACAUUUUUGGCCGUACCAAUCUUCAUAUAUCAAAAGCCGAACCCUUCUGUGCUGCCUGUCGGAUGCAGAAUAUAAGGGAAAUCAAAGUAAUAAAUGUAUUUAUUUUACUCAUAUUCGUAAUACGUUGUUAAUUAAUGAUUUGAUUUAUUAAAAAUAAAGUAUAGAUUAAUUACACUUUA